AUGAUUUCGGUUUUAGCAAAAAAGAUAUUAUUUGUUAAAUAUAUAUUUAGGUCAGCAGGAAUAACAAAUCCAAACUAUCAAUCAAAUAGUGUUCAUUAUACACCUCCAAACCGUAUUAAACAGUUACAGGGACAAGUUGAUGAGGUAACCGAUGUUAUGAGAAAUAACAUUCGAUUAGAAUUAGAACGUGGUGGAGCACUUGAUGCACUGGAACAGAAAUCAGACAUUUUAAAUGAAGGAGCACGAAGCUUUUCUAUUCGUUCAAAACAACUUAAAAAGAAGUAUUGGUGGAAAAAUCUUAGAAGGUUUCUCUUUCGUAGAACACACUUUACAAUGUCAGCAGGACUAGCAAAUCCAAGUUAUCAAUCAGACAGUGUUCGUUAUACACCUUCACCACGUCUUCAAGGAUUACAGAAUCAAGUUGAUGAGGUUACGGAUGUUAUGAGAAAUAAUAUUGGAAUAGCAUUAAAACGUGGUGAAGCACUUGAUCAACUGGAACAAAAAGCAGAAAAUUUAACUUCUGAGACCGAAAGGUUUUCUUAUCGUUCAAAACAACUUAAAAAGAAAUAUUGGUGGAAAAAUCUUCGAGUAAAUGUGGAUUAUUCUUGGUAUUGUUGUUGCAAUCAUCAUCAUUAUAAUUAUCAGGCAACAGGAUCCACAGAUUCAAACUAUCAAUCAAACGAUGUUCGUCAUACAUCUCCAUCAAGUGUUCAACAAUUACACGGACAAGUUGAUGAGGUUAUGAAUGUUAUGAGAAAUAAUAUUGCAUUAGAAUUAGAACGUGAUGGAGCACUUCAUGAUAUAGAACAUAAAUCAAGUAUUUUAACUGAAGGAGCUCGAGACCUUUAUCUUGGUUCAAAAGAACUUAAAAAGAAAUAUUGGUGGAAGAAUCAAAGAAUAUGGAUUAUUUUGUAUAUUAUUGUUGCAUUAGUAAUCACUAUAAUUAUCAUUGCUACUGUCGCCGGUGGAAAGAAAUAA